AACCUAUAAAUACAAGUGCACGCCGCUUUUUUUCUUUUUUGAAAUGUUGACGACGCCCAAGAUGACGGUCCUGCGCUAUAUGGGAUGGUUGACCGGCUGCUCCGUUUUCACGGCCUUCGUGUCCAUCAUUUGGCAGGCGUUCAUCUCACUCCAGGCGCUCAACAGGACGACGGUCUUGCUCACCGGUCUGCUGGCCAUUGAAGGGUCCUUGAAACGGUCUACCGUGCAGCCGGCGCCAAAGGUGGCCAUUGGCUACGGGGCCUGCACCGACCUCCAGAUAAACGCCACAGAAUUCCUGGAGCGCUACUAUGGCCGCCGCAUUCCCGCGACCACUGCCGGCUCCCGAGAGAUUGUCAACAACGAGGACGAGCUGCUGCAAUCCUUCGCCUACUAUUUCCAGAACGGAGCUGCUGCGGAACGGGUAAUGGCAAAUGGUACGCUCUUCAAGCAGCUCGUGGGGUACGCAAAACAAAUGGGGAAAGAGACUAGUGGGAUUCAAUGGUUCAUGGGCGGCAAUGCACCGCUGAUGGCCGUGCGGUUCUUUAUGGAGGGAGCCGACGUCCUUCUAGGUGCCCACAUGUCAAAGAAAUUGCGCCCGCUGCUGCCCAAGGAGAUUAGGCUGGCUGGUGACGAGAUCCCUGACGAUGAUAUACAUCUGAUACUGGAGUACAAGGCAGGCGACACCUGGGGCUCCUAUGUGGCACCUCGGGCCAAUCGCUACAUUCUGCACAGCGACCGGAACAAUCCGCACCUCAGAGCCCUGGAGCAGCUAACUGACGCCCUGAAGGUCUAUCAUCCGCAGUUGUUAGUGGUUAGUGGGCUGCAAAUGAUGGACAUGUUCACGUUUAAUCCCGGUGAACGCGAGGCGCGUCUAGAGCAAGUACAACGGCAACUAACCAGCCAGCCUCUGGACACUCUUAACCACUUCGAGAUGGCCUCCUACGUAGAGCUUCGGCUGCUGCAGCAACUGCGACACUUUGUCCUGCCCUACGUGGACUCCUUGGGCAUGAACGAGCAGGAGCUGGCCAACCUCCAGCAGGUGCUGGCCCACGGGCGCACCGUGCUGGCAACUGAUUGGAAUCCGCGGAUUGCCCACACCCUUGACCAGAUGCGGGAGGUAUUUAUCAGUCUGCUUGAGGACUUCGACGAGCAAAGCAGAGCUGAUCCCAGAAGGCGACGCAUAUCACGGAUUCACGUGCACACACUAGCCUAUCAGGCAAUUCUUACCACAGCCGGCUCCCAGUGGAAAAACACGAGGGCAGCGGCAGCCAAAGCAGCCCUCACCGCUCACCGCUACGUCUGCAAAUCACAAUUUAUAAAUCCGGAGGCAGUUCUGCAGGUGUUGGACGACAGUUUUGCCACCUCAGCGCAGGAGGACGCUCCUCGGAUGAGAAUAGGCGCUGCCAGUCCGGUGCCAUGUUGGCGGGAGUACAUUGAGUACGGCCGCCAGCGGCAGCGUCUUGAGGUCGAGAUCUGUGUAGCGCCAGUGCUGGUUUGCCGCGAGGCCAGAAAGACGGCAGGCGCAGGCGACAACAUCUCCGCCUCCGGUCUGGCGGCGCAGUUGUAGACACAGUUGUCGGCGGCGGGGCCACAAGACUGCUUAGUAUUACUAGAAACCUGCUGCAAUCCAAGACUCGAAUAGAAGGCCAGGAUGUAAACCCACUCCCGAAGGAUGGACUCGACAUUCUUAGCACCUUUAGUGACCUUAGAAACGCGUUACCUUCUAGCUCAGAAAUUUGACGAAAUGCUCAACAACGACUCCCAUGACCCAAGACAUAUCCAGAUGAGUUUCAGCCCUGAUCCACUCAUCGUCAUAUAUGUACGUAUUAUUCCCAACGCAACAGCAUCGAAAUUCCGAAAAAAACGAAUGCAACCUAGUCCUUUGUUAAACACUCAUUCUUUAUAUGUUAUGUACUUCGGAACGUCAUUCCAACCUAUUUAACAAAAUAUUUUCGCGCAAUCAAGAGACAUUUGUGAAUGUAUGUCUCACUGUAUGUAUUUUUAGAAAAUCUAGGGUGUAUUCGAAAACCUACUUGAAAUAGGCUUAAAGACUUGAUUAUUGGCGGCCUUGCUUUUGGUAAUUAAUAUAUUAACUUGAUUAGGGUACAAAUUUAGGUAUUACCCCAAAUAUGCACAUAAAUAUUUGUAUGUACAUUUGUUUUGUCCUAAAGAAAUUUCCUUAAAUUACCAUUUCUAAAUUUUAAGACUAUCCUCGCAAUUUGUUUUUCGCACUUGAUUUUAUGAUUUAAACAAAACUACAUUUGUAUGUGUUGCCUUUCCCUAACCGUAACAUAGAUGUCUAUAUGCCUACCUACAUAUAUUUUUCUACAAUUAAGUAUACGCAUAUACAUAUCUAUGUACUUACAAACUGGCAGAUGUAGAAUAAAUUCCUGUUGAAAGCUUCAAA